AUGAAAGAAAUGAGGAUCAAAGAAAUGAUCUUCCAAGUUGUAGAUGGAGACAAUGGAAGAAACGAAGUUGCAGAUGGAGAAAAUAGAAGAAAUGAUCUUCCCAAGUCUCCGAUUGGAGAAUGUGGAAGAACAACACAUGGAAAAAGUGACGUGUUUGAGAGUAGUAAGUUGCAAAUGGAGAAAGUGAUUAGGUGUGUGAUAGCGCAAUGUGUUCCCAGACCAAUCCAACGAUUGUUGUUCAUUUGGGAAGAAAAAAAAGGUAUCUCACGUGAGAUACCUAUCCUACCCGGUCACAGGAGACGUGGCCUGCUUUAG